AUGCCCAAAGGCAUUCCAGGACAAGGAACUGCCAGAGCCCAGAAGACCACACUAGUGGAUGCCCCCAGCACUAAGCCCUGGAAUGUAGUCCUAAGCCAUGGUAGGAAUACGUGCUUCGGUGUGUGUUUGCAUGCUCCCAGUGACAGGGAGCUCACCUCAUCUUCGGGGGAAUCUUCCAGGACACCGGAAAUCUUGGUAACUGACUCUGCAGUUCGAGGAGGUGAAGGAGGAGGCCCAGAGAUAGGCAGACAGCAGAAGAGGAAACGAGGGUCCACAGGCACAGUGGGACUUGCCAAAGGUCACCAGCAAACUGACCUGCAAGGGUCCAUAAGGAAGGUCACCAGGGUGACAGCGUGGCAGGCACUGGUGCAGCCUCCUCUUUGGUCCCUGCAGGAGCUGGAGCUAGUGGAGACCUUGCUGAAGAGCAGACCAGAGGAGCCGGAGGGCUGCUGGGAGGCACACAGCGUUGGGGCUGGGGGCCCACGGGGCAGCUCAGGCCGCCAGGAGCGCAGCCGGCUCCCCUGGGAAGACACAGCUGCCACUGAGGAAGAUGCCUCCAAGUUGACUGCACUGCGGCUACGCCUGGAUGAGUCCCAGAAGGUGCUGCUCAAGGAGCGAGAGGACAAACUGGCACUAAGCAGGAACAUUGAGAGGCUGGAGGGGGAACUGAGCCAGUGGAAGAUCAAGUACGAGGAGCUGAGCAAGACCAAGCAGGAGAUGCUCAAGCAACUUAGCAUCCUGAAGGAAGCACAUCAGGACGAGCUGGGCCGCAUGUCCGAAGACCUAGAGGAUGAGCUGGGUGCGCGGUCCAGCAUGGACAGGAAGAUGGCUGAGCUGAGGGGCGAGAUGGAGAGGCUGCAGGCUGAGAAUGCAGCCGAGUGGGGCCGCCGAGAGCGGCUGGAGACCGAGAAGCUGGGCCUGGAGCGGGAGAACAAGAAACUGCGGGCACAGGUCGGGGACCUGGAGGAGGCACUGGCCCGGCGACGGCGGCAGACGACCAGCGCCCUGGACUGUGACCUGCGGGCCAGCCAGGCCGCACUCUUUGAGAAGAACAAGGAGCUGGCAGAUCUAAAGCACGUCCAUGGCAAGCUGAAGAAACAGUUCCAGGAGAAGGUGGCUGAGCUGGCCCAUGCCAACCGGCGGGUAGAGCAGCACGAGGCUGAGGUGAAGAAGCUGCGGCUGCGGGUGGAGGAGCUCAAGAAGGAGCUAGCCCAGGCCGAAGAUGAGCUGGAUGAGGCCCACAACCAGGCGCGGAAGCUGCAGCGGUCACUGGAUGAGCAGACAGAGCAGAGCGAGAACCUGCAAGUGCAGCUGGAGCACCUGCAGUCCAGGCUCCGCAGGCAGCAGCAGAACGCCCCCCUCUUCGGGAAGAUCCGCAGUGCCCGCUUUGGCACCGAGGAGGCUGGAGAUGGAGCCAGUGACCUGGAUGAGGAUGAGGACCUGCAAAUCCAGGUGGCCUAGGGCCUCCCAGGCCAGGACAGGACUGGCCCAAAGCCACAGGCCCCAGCUCGCCAGCCCCUCGGACUGAUGAAGCCGGCUGUGCUCACUGUGGGUCCCAACUCUGCUUCCUUCUCUCCCAAAAGGGCAUGGGGAGCCCCACCCCACUCUACCACUCCUGUGGAAGGGAAGCUGUUUUUAUAAGUUAUAUAUAUGUGCGCACGCAUGCACCGGGGGCUGCUCAGACCUUUUGAUUUUAUAAACAAAGGACCAGUCCAGGGGACCCCAGCCACCCAAACUUUGUGCGGGGUAGGCCAGGUCCAGGGAGCUCAUGAGGGCCCCAGCUCAGAGCUGCUUGCCAUGCCUUGGUGAUCUGGCAGGACCUGUUCAUAAUACAAUGUGAUGAACCAGGCUUUUGUAAUAAAUGGAGUUCAAGUUCUUGA